AUGAUCCUGCUUCGGUUCCUGAGAUCGCUCAGAACCCUGUCACGUGUCUCAUUCAGACACAAAGGUUCGUUCAAAAACAACGAUACCACCGUGGAGACCGAUGAGGUUGUCUCCGACAAUAAUCCAUGGUCACCAACGCUAUACCAAGACAAAGUGUAUGUGAGACAGGGCUGGAAAAAUGUGGCGCUUCCCUCGAAAUUCCGUCUUUCCUACGAGCCGCUCUACGAAUCGCCUGGAGCAAAAUAUGUCGCGAUUUUGAAACGUUUGACUCUUUCGUUUGCCGUUCUUGGUGUAUACGGCCUGAAGCUUCUUUACGAGCUGGUCCAGUUUGACGACAUCUUCGCCUUGGGUGUCAUUCUUGGAACGUGGACUCCCGUGGCUGCAGUCCAAUAUAAGACGAAGGACUAUGUGACGAGAAUAUUCAGAUUGUAUGACAAAGAGAAGCCUCACACCCUCGAAAAUCUUGUCAAUGACGAGCAGUUGAUUGUUGAAAAGUUGAAUGCAACUGGAGGAAAGACGUACAAUACCUUGGUAACAGUUCUGGGUAAUGAGUCCUUAAAACUUUGUACAGGCGAAGAAGAUGCCCUCAAGCCUUACAGAACAUGGCAGGAGACUGUGGAUGGGCGCAAAAAGUUCUACUAUAUCAUGGACAAUUUGGGUGGCAUGAAGAUGGACAGGCUCUGGGGUAUUGUAGAGCACAAUCUGGGUGUGGAUAACGGCCGGUAUAUGGAGCAAAAGCGUGAUAAUUGA